UUGCAUCCACAACUACUGCCAUCUGCAAUGUGUAACCUAUUAUAAUCGAAGGUCACACGUACGUAACAGUGUUUGUUUUGUUCAUAAUUAAAACCACUUGAUAAAGUUUAUGUGUAGGUGUUCUGUACAUUAUAAUAUGUUUAAAGUAUCUUUGGUCUUGGCGACAGUAAUAUUGUGAUGUAAUUGAUCUUAGAUAGCAGUGUGCGUACAAAUCAUCGUGAGUCGUGAGUAAUGACGACUAAACUUUCGUGACGCCGAUGUAAUAAUGUAAAGUAUUCUAAUCGGUGUCGAAUGCUCCGAUGUGUAUUUACUGCUUGUACAAGAAAUAGAUUCUUUGUGACGUGCUUCAUCAGCUAUUCUCGUACACAGUUGUCAAAGAAUAUUCUACAAGGCAAUGUAUUAAAGAAGUUUGCCGUUAAAAGAAUUAAGCGAUCUUCAAAGUAGUUCAGAUGUCUGUACUGCUGGACACCAUAAAAGAACCGUGUGUAUUACAGGCAGCAUCAUCUGCUUCAAUGGAAAUAGAAAAUGAAGAUACUAAAAAGAAACAAGAAAAAGAUAUUGGGACCAAUGGAAUUUCGAAUACACAAAGGGUAUGGACGAGUUUGGUGUCAGGUGCCAUUGCAGGAGCAUUGGCAAAAACAACAAUAGCACCUUUGGAUCGCACAAAAAUAAACUUCCAAAUUUCGAAUCAACCAUAUUCGGCAAAAGCAGCAGUUAAUUUCUUGAUAAAAACCCUUAGAACAGAGGGUUUGUUAAGCUUAUGGCGUGGAAAUAGUGCAACUAUGGUUAGAAUUAUUCCAUAUUCUGCUGUUCAGUUCACAGCCCAUGAACAGUGGAAGAGAAUUCUGGGAGUAAAUGGAUCAGAAAGAGAAAAACCAGGAUUAAACUUUCUUGCUGGAUCAUUGGCGGGUAUAACAUCUCAAGGUACAACUUAUCCUCUGGAUUUGAUGAGAGCAAGAAUGGCUGUGACACAGAAGAAUGAAUAUAGAACGUUACGACAGAUUUUUGUACGUAUUUACAUGGAAGAAGGAAUAUUAGCCUAUUACCGUGGAUUUCCUGCAACAUUACUCGGUGUCAUUCCCUAUGCUGGCUGUAGCUUCUUCACCUACGAUCUACUUAGGAAUCUGUUGACUGUGUACACGGUGGCUAUUCCUGGGUUCUCAACAUCACUGAUUUGCGGCGGCAUUGCCGGAAUGAUUGCUCAGACUAGCAGCUAUCCGUUGGACAUCGUCCGGAGAAGAAUGCAGACCUCGGCAAUCAAGGGACAGCAUUAUCAAACUAUUAGGUCAACUGUGAUGAAAAUUUACAAAGAAGAAGGUAUAAUGGCCUUCUAUAAAGGAUUAAGCAUGAAUUGGGUUAAAGGCCCAAUCGCCGUAGGAAUUAGUUUUGCCACUAAUGAUACGAUCCGCGAUACGUUAAGGAAGAUUAUUGUUGGUCGAAACGCCUCAUGAAAUUAAUAUACAAAUGUUAUCAAGUACUGUAUACAAUUAGAGAAACUGAAAAAAAAGCUACUAAUUAUUCGUUAACAUAGAACAUUUAAUUAUAGCAGAAAUAUACUUUCAUUUGCUAAACAGUCCUUUGAACUAUACAUACAUACAAAAAUUAUUAACAAAAUAAUAUAUAGAAUCAUGCGAUAAUGUUUCAGUCAAAUUAUACAAUUCUCAAAGAACGCGUUUCAAAAGGCAGGGAGAAUAUUAGUACAAAUGAUUACUGUAUAUAUUGUUACUUAAAAUGUUAUAAAAGAAAAUGUUGAACUACUGACAAGAUACAUGUCAUACAAGUAUGCGGAAGUCAAUGAAAAACAAAUAUGUUAUAUUUCAAAUUUAACACAAGUUGUAUUGAAACUACUGCCCCUGUAAUUUCCCAUUCUAUAAUUAAUGGUACAAAAUACGUAAAGAUGAUUUUAUAUUUUUAAUUUUUGCAAAAACAAUUUUUUAAAUAUUUGUCUUUAAAGUUUUUUCUGUUUUAAAAAUACUUAACUAUAUUAUAUAUAAAUGUUUUUAAAUGAUUAUAAGAUGAGCAAUUAUUAUUUUGUAUCAUUAAUUAAUUAGUAAUAUUGAAUUCUGUAUAAUGUAACACCACUCUAAUAACAUAAAACUAAUUUUGACAAUAAUGUCAUAAAUGUAAUGUGCAAUAUUAAUGACAAGCACAAUUAUUUAUAUAGGAGCAAAAUAUUUCUUAUAAAAAUUUAUCUAUUA